UAGAAUAUAGGGGAAGGGAAGAAAAAGAGCGUUUCAAAUAUUUGCGGAGAGACGAAGCGGAGGCGGUCGUUGCGAUAAAGCCUUGGAGGAGAGGUUUUCUUCCUUGGAGCUUCGCCCAUUUAUCUGUCUUCCCUCCUUCCCAGAAGCUACGCCGUUUUACUUCUCUUCUUCUCUGCCGUCGUGACCGUCGUCUCAGCUCCUCCGCCCCUUCGUUCUGAGAGGAUCUUCCAUUUCCGUCCUCUUCGGCUGGAUCUUCAUUUCCUGCUUCGAGAUCUCCUUCUCGCCUGAGAGACAUGCCUACUUUUUCUGCUAUUGCAUUGGAUAGCUUGCUAGAGCCAGGAGCUUCCAGAUCCGUCGAAGAUACUGUUCUGCAUGGUAAACAUCCGCCAUCAAAGCCUCCUAUUUCAAAGCUAGGGAGAAGUAAGGAUAAGCUACCGAGAGACAGGUCUGUCUCCUCUCGUCCCCAGAUGUCGCCAGCUCUCUAUGCCACCCCGGAGGCAAUCCCACUUCCGGAUUCUGCUUCUUCCUUCCCUCCGUCUCCUUACAUCAUCAAUCACAAAUCUCGUGGACCACGUCUUCUAAAGAGCUUCUCUGAGGUUGACAUGUCUUUGUGCCCGAAAACUGGGAAUGAGGAAAUUGUUGCUGGGGAUGCAGGCGUAAAGUCUGCUGCUCUAAGGAAGUCCACGUCAUUCUCAUUUCCUACCCCCAGGGCUAAUGAUGAGGAUCAUACAAAUGGUGUUCAUGGUAGUCCUGCUGGGAAGAAUGAUCCUAAUGGCAUCUGUGGUGGUCCUGUUUUGCACCAGAAUGGUGGUGCCCAUGAUGGGGAACUGGGGAAUGGAAGGCUUGAAUUAGGUAGCAGUAAUGGUGGGAUAGAGGAUACUAUUGCUGCCAAAUGUUUAGAAAGGCAGAUUAAUCUGCCAGAGCUUGUCACGGCCAAAGCCGAUCGGGAUGGUGAGUCUGAAGAUUUCUAUGACCCAGGUGAAUCGGCGAGUUUCAGAAGUACCACAGAAGUAGAGGAUGAUGCAGAGCUAGAAAGUUCUCAAAAGCUCGCUACACCUACAGGAGAGUUUUAUGAUGCUUGGGAUGAACUAUCAGUCGACAGUGGGAUGCAGGCUUCUGUAAACGACAUCGAAGCUGAGCUGAGGGACAUAAGAUUGAGUCUACUGAUGGAAAUAGAGAAGAGGAAGCAAGUGGAAGAGGCUCUGGAGCAAAUGCGAGCUCACUGGCAGAGGCUGCAGGAGCAAUUAGUGCAGGUGGGUGUGUCCCUUCCUGUUGAUCCUACCACCUCUGCAGACAGCUGGAACCUGAACGUGACAGAACAACUCCAUUCCCAACUUGAGGUCGCUAGGUUUGUAUCAGACUCCAUUGGCAGGGGCAUGACAAAAGCAGAGAUGGAGAUGGAGAUGGAAUCUAAGCUCGAAUCUAAGAAUUUUGAAAUCGCCCGGUUGUCCGACCGUCUCCACUACUACGAGACUGUGAACCGAGAAAUGUCUCAGCGGAACCAAGAGGCCAUAGAGAUUGCACGAAGGGAGAGGCAGAGAAGGAAGAAGAGGAAGAGGUGGAUAUGGGGAUCCAUUGCCACCACUAUCGUUCUCGGGAGUGCGGCCUUGGCCUGGUCGUACAUCCCUGUCGGGAACUCAUCUUCUGACGUGUCCGAGCCUCGACCGUCCAUUAAGGAUGAUUGAGAAACACCGUUGUGGUGGUUACUGCCGAAACAAAGAGGGACAGGUUCGGGAUGUGUAAGCGCUUCCAUGUGAAUAGAGAAGUAUGUUUGGUUUGUCCUGCUUGAAAGAGGAUGUAAAGCGCGAUGAAGGGAUAGUAAUAAUUUCAGCGCAUUGGAACGCUUUUUUGCCCUUUUCACGGCCGUUGUAUUUGGCGACCGUCGAGGUGGUUCUCGUUACGUAUUGAUAUGCCCUACUUAAGCUUAAAGCCUUGGUUGGUGCUUUCACCAGGGAUUUUUGCUUCAAUUUGGUUCAGCGAUUUUCUUCGCGAGUAUAUUUGUAGGCAGAAGUUGCCAAGAUUAUU